AUGGCGAGCUCGCUUCUCACCUCGACGCCACUGUCCUCAUCUUUCUUACCUGUUCCUCGGAAGCUGUCGGUUCAUCAUGGCCAUUAUCAGAGCCAAAGAACUCUCUGGUUCGGUCGGAAUCAAUCGUCUCUGUGUGUUCGCGCAGCUAAACUCCCUCAAGGGGUGAUAGUGCCAAAAGUGGAACCCAAGUUUGAACCAGCGUUUCUGGGAUUCACAUUUACAGCUGAGAUAUGGAACUCCAGAGCUUGUAUGAUUGGUCUCAUCGGCACCUUCGUUGUUGAGCUUAUUUUGAACAAAGGAAUACUUCAAAUAAUUGGUGUUGAUGUUGGAAAAGGGCUCGAUCUUCCUCUCUGAUUUUGUUAUUGUUCAAUCUGCUUUUACAAACUUCUUUUUCUGGUUUCUUAUGGAAUCCAAGAAUCUACAAGUUAUAUAAGUUUCAGCAUUGCAUAUAACACAUACUGAGAGAACUGUCUGAUUCUUAUAAGAGAUUAUAAAAGCUUUUGAUAAUCUUACAAAGAUGUAUUUUCACCUGUUAAUUGUCAUGUAUAAUUUUUGAGUUAUGUA